AUGGGAGGAAUGAAUAAAAAUGUUCUACAAGGUAUAUCAAUAUUUAGUACUACUGAUCCAAGAAAAUGGACUAUCGAAGAACUAGUUAAUUUUGUCGAAAGACUAUUAACUAAUAAUUACACAAACAAUAAUUCCUCUGAACUAAUGAGAAUUUCUCAAUCUUUAAGAAAUCAGGACGUUGAUGGCGAUGUAUUUUUAAUGUUAACUGAAGAAGAAUUGACAGAUACACUAAACAUUAGCCUUGGACCAGCACUAAAACUGAAAAAUGCUAUUAUUAUGUUAAGACAAAGAGUUAUUGCAAUUGAUAAUGCAAAAAGACAGUCAUAA